UGCGUCGUCAGCCUCCGCGUCGUCGCGACGCUCCUCUCUCUCUCUCGUCUCUCUCGGCUCUCUCGGUGGCGUCCGCAGCAUCGCGACGCUACGACGCGCUCCGUCGACUAUCCCCUAUCCCGGGAGAGACGCCGCCGUUAAUUUUCAUACGAUAUAGACCAGCGACACGGACUUGGCCGUCGAUAACGAUCGCAAUAGGCGAUAUAAGAAUACAAGUAUCUUUUUUUCACGCAUCGCCACUUCGAAAGUGUUUUUCGUUCGAUCUGCCCAAAGGAAGAUAAGAAAAGUUAUUAAAGGAACAGCGAAGGCGCCUUCUUGUGUCAACGGGUGAAAAGGGAAACCAAAACGUGAAGUUUUUACAAGAUGUGAUCCGUCUUGGUGUCUCGAUCAAGUGAUCUAUCGGAUCUCACUGCGAAACAUACCAGCCUCUCAAGACUUCUCGCCUUCGAAAGUCACGCACUAGCGUUUUUCCUUCUUGCCUUCCGGAGCGUCGCGUACUUACUCAAGCCUUAUCGACAGCUUCGUGGAUUUACUGCCGAAGCCCGUCUUCUCACCCGCGUGCCCGUAGAUGCUGUGGAUGCAAGCUGAGAUGCAUAUCGCGUAUCAAGAACCAAUCGCACGUCGAAGUCACACAUCGUUUUACGAAUGCGUACUGACGACUCGUGAGACGCGAGCGGACUUUCGAGUGCGUCAUUAGACGCGCUCAAAACGUUCGCAAUCGUGCGGAUUCUUAAAACUUGAUGAUGAAGAAACAGUAUUUGAAAAAGCUGGUUGGCCAUCACCAAGGCGGGCUCUCGAAAAUUCGCGAUCGACAGGAAUGAAAAAACCGUACAAAGUACGUGUGCCUCGAACGGGACACGGGUGUCUCGUCUGGGGAUUCGGCACCGUAAUCGCGCGGGGAAGUAAGCGACCAAACGAUGAUGAUGAUGGAACACAAACAGACGAUACUGCUGGCACCCUCACUGAGCAACAGCAGUUGUUGGCGAAACGGCACGUCCGAUCCCUCUUGGACAGGUCCAGGUCCUGGAGAAUUGGUGCGGGCUACUCUGAUACUACUACUCAGCCUUGGUAUCCUGUGCGCCAAUUUGCUAGUGAUAUGUGUUAUCAAUAGCAGACAGUACACUAAAUAUAUUCAUGCUCAGCCCAGAUAUUUGCUGACGAGCUUAGCGAGUAACGAUCUGGCGAUUGGUCUUUUAGUGACGCCUUUCGGUUUCUUACCAGCUGUUUACGGAUGCUGGCCGUACGGCGAAGUUGUCUGUCAAAUUCAGGCACUUCUUAGGGGCGCUUUGACUCAACAGAGCGCUGUUAUCCUCGUCUGCAUGGCAAUCGACCGUUAUGUUUGCAUGCUGCACCCCCAUCGCUAUCACAAGCACUCUUCUAAAAGGUAUUACAUGCGGCAGGGCUGUGUGGCAGUGAUGUCGACCACUUGGAUAGCGAGCGUGGCAAUUUUCGGAGUUCUGGUACUCCCUAGAGGCGGUUACUACUUCAACGAGUCCGGCCUCCUCGCCUGCGAUCCCUUCUUCGCUAGAGCGUCCCUUAGGAUCCUGGCGUGUUGCUGUUUUUAUUUCCCGACGACGAUGGUGCUGAUGUACUGCUACGGCUCGGCCUUCCACGUUAACAAACUUCGCUUGAAAAGAGUAGUCUGUGUUAACACGCCGGAGGUCGUUAGUGGCGGCCAUAUAGAAAGGCUUGUCGCCCACGAGAGACGAUUGUCGACCUCGGCUUCGCGAACAAUGGCUGCAAUGAGUUUAGGUUUCAUCGUCAUGGUCACGCCAUGGACGAUUCAGGAAGUCGUUGCAGCCUGCACCGGAAGCAAGCCACCACCGUUUCUCGACUUCCUGGCAACGUGGCUGGCUCUCUCCAACAGCUUCUGGAAUCCUUUCCUUUAUUGGCUGCUCAACAAUCAUUUCCGCCGAAUUUCAAGAGAGCUUCUUUAUACUAAGAUCCUGUGCAGGUCUAAGCCGUUGGGAACGAAACAACACUGCUGCGCGACUAGUACCGGUGGCCUAGACGUUUGCAGCAUCGCGGGCAUCGACCUAUCAGGUCUGGAGCGUUGCUCAAUGGAACGAUGCUCAAUGGCGCGUUGUUCCUCGUUAUCAUUAGCGAAUACACCACCGCCGCUCCCUUGGGAAACCGGACAUGUAACACAUGGUGACGUAGCAUCCACGUGAGUGAAAGAUGCCGCCACGCAGACGGAGGAUUGCGGAUCUCCGGACGACGCCAGUUAGUACAGCGUGGCGGCAAGCCGGCAUCCGAUGCUCCGAAACUAUCGAGCACAAUAUCCGUCGCCUGUGCACCGAUAUCUGCGAGACCAUGUCGCAUCCUCGCUGGCACGAGGGCGAGUUUCGCGCGUCGAGGUGGAGGACAAUCGUGACGGCGAUGUCGCGACGGAUGGAGCGAGCCGUUAUCGUCGACAUGAUCGACAGAGUCGCUUCGAAUUCGUGCGCUUUAAAAGCCUGCCAGAUCUUGUCCGGGAUAUGGAACCGCGAUGAAACACUGAUUAACGAAUGACAUUAUCAAAUAUCGGGAUAUUACUGUACAUUACUGUCGUCAUCGUCGUCGUCGUCGUCGUCGUCGUCGUCGUCGUUGUCGUCGUCAUUAUUUCGAUUUUCGUAAGAAAGCUUGAACUCAAUUCGGGUGCAACAGCAAAAGGGCGAACGCGAAUUCGAUCCACGCCCCGAAGCGAGCGUACACGAACGCGGUGUCGACACACCGCGAUUAGCUCUCGUCGCGACGAGAUCGAUUACGGAAAUUAAUUACGGCACCAACGAGGAUACUAAUCGCGCCGCUCUCUACGAUAUACAUGUAGAUGUUUAAUCACGGCGCUUUGCGAGUGUUAACGUCAUUCGCGCCCGCAUCCAACCCCGUUUUCUACGAUUAAUUAUUCACGCGUGAGUGUUUGCGCUACAAGCUGUGCAUUCAGACACAAAAUUGCUUCUUUCUUGGGCAUAUAAACUUCAAAUAUUUUUCUUUAUAAUUCCUUUUUAGAUAUUAUACUUACAUAAGUUCAAAGUUAAAAUAAUAGAUUUUGAAAUUUAAAGGAUUUCUUUUCAUUCACAGAUCAAUUUGAGGUCAAGUCCUCAUUAAAGAAAUCUUACUUGAAUAUUUUAAAAUAAUUUGACGAGGUUACUCCAAGAUGUGCGAUACAUUCACAAUGUAAAAUUUACGUGUCGAAUAUAUUAUGUACUUAUGUGAGAAAGAAUGACAUGUUUAAAUUGCAAUUGUUUGCUCAAGCUCGAGAGCUCAUUGGUAUGAUGACCAAUGCGUAACAUCUUAUAUCUAUAUGUCAUUGUUAUGUACAUAUAUUUUAUAAAAAUGCCUAAUAAGGAUGCAGAUAUUCGAAUUCACUCUUAAUAUCUCUCGCAGAGUUUUAUACUGUAACAAAUAAACUACAGAUAAGACGUACAGCGUUGUUGUUCCUGCAUUUUUAAAAUGCAUUUUAUUCAAUAAUCUUUUGUUUAUUUCGAAAUUUUGAAUUGUUAUUAGAAAUAAAUAAUAUUAUCUGCGAUAUUUUCUAAGGAAUUUGUUUCAACAAUGGCAUAAGGUAAAUUAGUCGUAUUAUUUUAUUUAGUGCAAUAAUGCAUAUAGAAUAAUGCAAAAACAGCCUUGUUAACUGAAUCAAUUGUAAUAUAUUAAUUUUCAAUAUGCAUAUUGCGUUUGGAUGAAAAAUACCAACGUAUAGAUUUUUGAAUUGUUGCAAAAAUAAGAAUCAUAUAAAAAUGAAAAGUUUUCAAAUACGGGAGCGAUUAGAGGACUUGCAUAAAGUUGCAUAACUACAUUAAAAUGUUAUGGAAAAAUUCAACGGAAUAAUGAAGAAACGAAAAUGGCAUCUCUGUUUUAUAGAUACGGAAUUAAGGGACACGGAAUCGAUACCGUACAUGAUUUAGCAUGUCGAUGGAAUAAAAUCUUCUUGUAUGUAAGAAGAAAUCUUUUACUAAUAUCUAGAGUUUUGUAUUCAGCGAAAGAAGAUGUCGACGAUUGAAAGUGGACACAAGGCCGAGACGCCGUUUCAUAUGCAUGUUCUCAUAAAGAGAAUUCUCUCAAGACUUUAAUAUAUGUGAAAUAAUUACACUUUCAAUUUAUAAUUAGAAAUAUUGCGCACUGUUCUGAUGUAAA